AUGGCUUCGACUCGGUGGCAAAGUCCGGAAGAAUGGAUUAAUAGCUCACUCGCGCGAUUUGGCGAGUUUCCAUCGAUUGCACUUGGCCUUGAAGGGCCCGAUUUCGGCCUGCGCGACGCCGACAUUGUCGCGAUUCCGGGUGGUAGUACCUUUAGGCUCCUGCAGCACCUGCAAAGCAACGAUUUGCUCUCUGCCCUGCAAAGCUUUCUGGACAAGGGUGGACGCAUCUACGGAGGCAGCGCGGGCGCACUGAUCCUCGGCGCCAGCAUCGCCAUCGCGGACAGCAGUGCAGGGGGCAAGACGACAACACCAUUGCGGAUCUGCGGGACAUGCAAGGGUUGA